AUGGCCUUUGAGUUCACACUUAUUUGUGACACUUCCACAAGUCCACCCAAAACAUUUAUACCCAGACCAAUAACUGAUACCAACACUGAGGUGCUAGACAUAUCAGCUUCCCAAGUUCGCGUUGCAAAUAGGGUGACAUUGAGUUGCUUCAACCCUUCAGGAGAAGCAGUUCGGAACAAAACAGAAUUAAUAGCAUUUAACGCUGAUUCCCCUUAUAGUUUCUCAUCUACUGCAAACAAGUUUACAGUCAUUGGCUGUGAUGUGUUGGGGAUAAUCGUUGGAUUGCAGGGCUUGGGUGCUGCCUGUGGAACACUCUGCGCGAAACAACAGGAUGUCAUUGGAGGGUAUUGUUCUGCCAUUGGCUGCUGCCAAGCCCUGAUUCCCAAGGGAUUAACUGCUGUGGGGUUUGCCUUUUCUUAUCCUUCGAAUCACACCAGUGUCAUAGGGUUUAAUCCUUGUGUUUAUGCCUUCUUAGCUGAAGAGGAUAAAUUUGUGUUCCAAGGAGCCUCCGAUCUUCUUGACCCAAGUUUUGCAAAUAGGACAACAAACAAUGUUCCUAUUGUUCUUGAUUGGUCAAUUGGUAAUGGAACGUGCAGCCAAGCUAAGCAGAAUUUAACGUCGUAUGCAUGUCAGCAUUACACCACAUGUCGUGAUUCUGAUAGUGGUAAAGGUGGAUAUCGCUGCUAUUGCCUCCCUGGUUACGAGGGAAACCCUUAUCUCAGUCCUGGUUGUACAGAUAUUGAUGAAUGUGCAGAUCAGAACAGCAAUCAGUGCUCUAAGAUCUGCAAAAACACUCCAGGAAGUUACAUAUGUUCUUGUCCAUCUAAGUAUUCCGGUGAUGGUUUUAGAAACGGGACAGGUAGCGUUCCAGAACCCUCUCUCCUUGCCAUGAAAGCAAGUCUAGGUACUAGCGUUGGGGUGUUAUUUUUGCUCAUAGGAAUAAGUUGGGCGUGUUUUAUGAUUCGGAAAAGAAGGCUGGUGAAGUUGAGGGAACAAUUUUUUAAAAAACAAUGGUGGUUUGCUGCUGCAGAAACAGUUAUCUUCCGAAAAACAAGCAGGAAUAGAGUCUGCCAAGAUAUAUACAAUUAA